AUGGCUCAAGACAGAAAAGGUCCUCUCGGGCCGCCUCCGGCGCUAGAAGACGACUUUGACCUUCCCCCUUCUUAUGACUCUUCCCUCGCCACCGCCGCCGCCCCUGGGGCUUCAUCCAGCACUGCUCCCUCCGGCGAUGGGCACCGCGCAGUCCCAGAUCAUAUCCGAUUCUUCUUCACACCUCCUGUCAACUCUGAGCCCGUUUCAAGCGAUGAGAGAAGAGACGCCACUGCCAGGCAGAGAUUCGCGAACGUCCAGAUGGUCAAGAAAGGGAACCGUAUUGAGACGUGGGAUCCCAUACUUUCCAAUCCAAAUACACUCUACGAUUUUAUCCGAUACAUGGCGUCUGUACCGCCCAAGGUGAAUGUACGUUGCAGAGGGUGGCACAUGGAGACAUGCGAGCGCGAAACCAUCAUCGAUGGACGUACCGUACGCCGGGGCGAGCAGACUAGCGUUAUUGACUUUGACUUCACCAUUGAUUUGACGGAUAUCAUCGACCACUCUGAGAACAGCGCUCAGGUCCAUCUAUCGACCGCUCUCCCAUGGCAGCCCGCCCACCGGGGUACAAACUCUCAAACGUAUUCUGCAGCUUUCCACCCCCCAUCUCGCCAUAAUCAUCACGGUCGCUCGCGAGAAGACGAGCAGUACAUUUCGCUCGCCGAAAAUGAAGAUGCCAACACGACUCUCCCGGGCCGGAGCCUCGGACACAGGGAGGAGAAGCAAGAUGUCGAGUGGCAGACAUGGAGAACGGGCAAGGGUCUUCCCGUGUGGGUGGAUAGGAGGGACGUGCCAGAGUAUGAAGAGUAUUUGAAGAACAAGGGGAAGGGGAAGGGCCGAGGGAGUGGGAGUGUACGUCUCGAAAAUGACUCUGAGCAGCCUUUGCUGGAUGAAGAGCUCUCCAUCGAGGGUACCUCUAUUUCCCCAACGCAAGGCCAGGGUCAGGGCCAUGCGAGGGCCAAUCUCAAGGAGUGGUGCAAGGCGUACUGUGCCGACCGAGGCGUGCUCAACGAGUUUUCGCUUCAAAAGGACCUUUGUGGAUGGGAUCUGGAUGGUGUCCAGUCUGCAAUAAAUGGUGCUAUCCGGUCCACGGGCUAUUCUCACCCCAAUCUCGAAGUUACGCUCGACGUCGACGAUAGAGUCGUGAUCGUACACCCCAACAACUUUCUCAGCCGUAUCCUGGGCAAUUCUUUUGUUUACUUCUUGAGCUGGUUGUUCAUGAUCUACCCGCUAAUCUGGUUCUGGAAACGAUGGAGUUCUCGAGGUGGUGCGCCAUGGGACGUCACUGUAGCCACCUACGCUCUCAAGUUCUACCCUCCCCUCCCCCACACAUUCCCCUCCGAACCCCUCCCCGAUGCCCAAUCCCGCCUUCCCUCUCUAUACAAACUCAAUCCCCAACUCCCCAAAGAACCUCAGCUCGUCCAAGGUCCCAAGGGCGUGCAUUACUUGGUGGGAAGGAAGGAAGGGGGGUGGUUUAGGGAGUGGGAGGAGAGGAUUAGGAUGGGGGUGAGGACGAGGUUCAGGGGGGAGCUGGUUGGGGGCACGGUGGGUGAGGAUCAGAGGGUUGAGUUGGAUGGGUACUGA